AUGUCCACCAUGUGCUUGAGGGACUGUGCAACAUUAGAGUUUGGUAUGGUCAGGGAAUACUACACCUAUACAACCAGUACUCUGUCAACUCGCCACCAAGUGAUAGCAAGAUUUUGGAUAACGAAGAUUUGGACCACAGUCUGUUGGUUUUUCAGUGAGGAUUUAAACUCUAGGUUACAUCAUCUGAUGGCAGACCAACCCCUGACUGACUGGGAUAGUGAUCUCUGCGACUGCUGCGAGGAUGCACAGACUUGUUGCUAUGGUUUCUGGUGCGGGCCAUGCCUUGCCUGCACCGUUUCAGGCAGAUUUGGAGAGAACCGUUGCCUCCCCUUAUGUGAUAUGUGUGCUGAUAAAAUGAUCUCUCCAGCAGCUCUGUCUCUGAGAGUCGCCAUGAGACACAAAUAUGGUAUAAAGGGUUCCAUUUGCAAUGACAUGGCUGCGUCCUGCUGCUGCCCAAUGUGUGUCUGGUGUCAGCUGUACCGUGAGCUAAAAUAUCGCAAAAAGUCCCCCAACAUCAUCAACAUCCAGGUGCAAUCUCCUGUCAACAUGCAGCCUUACCCAAUGAUGGCAGUUACUGCUCAGCCUGUUCUUAACAAAUAAGCAGGAAUAUCCAGGCUUCCUUUCAAUUUUUAUCAUCACAAUAUUUAACAUUAUCACCAACAUUGCGAGAUAUUUGAAUUUUAUGUAUCCUGCUAGGACUGAACAUAUAGGUUCAGUAAGAUCUAGAGUCCCUAAACUGGCUCCCUGUAGAGAAUAGGCUUUAAAAUACUUCUAGACCUCUCGGGUCUUCUGUUCAUUGUCUGCUCUGCAUCUCCAGAACUGGAACCAAACAUGGAGAAGCAGCAUUUGGCUUCUAUGCACCACAAAUCUGGAAUAAACUUUCAGAAAAGUACAAAAUAGCUGAAACAAUGAGUUUCUUCAAAUCUAGACCAAAAACCCACUUGUUUAGAAUUGCUUUUGAAACAUCAUAAUAUGAAACAAUCAACAUCCUCAUACAUAAUGAUGGCACUUGACAAAAUGCAACUCUUCAAUUGCUGACGUGUGUUCUCUGACUUUUUAGUUUUGUGUUUUUAUGAUGUAAAGCACCUUCAACUACCUUAUUUCUAAAACGUUCCAUACAAAUAAACU